CAUUAUUUCUACAAUAAUUAACAAAUAUGUAUUAUAAAGUAAUUAAUUUCAUCGAUUUUCGAUUAUUUAUGUAAUCUUCGUCCGAUUAUGAGGUAAUUGAAGAAAGCUAUACUUAAUCAUAAUCAAAAUCAAACGGCAAACAACAUUUUAUCUCGCCGGCAACAAGUGUUGAACUGUAUAAAACACUUAAAUACGUACCAGCAACAGUUGAAACGUUUCACUCGUCAAUUUACUCCAUUUCUCGAAACUAGUCAUCAAUAAAGAAUUUUUUCGCUGCAAGCUUCAGCAAAAAAUCGGCAAAAUGGCUUCUCUCGCUAAGAAAAAAGUUAGUGUUCAAAUCAACGACACCAAGUUACAGAUAAUGGAAAUAAAGCCUAACAAAAUUGAAGAAGAAAUUACGGAUAAAGGCCCUACUUUUGGAUGUCGCUAUGUUCAAAUUAUCUUAAUGAUGGUUGGAAUAACCCUAGCUAUUGGCAUGAGAACAAACCUCUCAGUGGCAAUUGUAGCAAUGACAAAUAGCACUGCCAGUCCAAAUCCAAAUAUACCGACCUAUGACUGGAAAAACACAAGUGUAAUUUUAUCCUCAAUAUUCUGGAGUUAUAUCACCCUCCAAGUGGUUGCUGGUUACGUAGGAAGAACAUACGGUGUUAAAUAUUUCCUUCUAGGAGCUUAUAUAGUCAACUGUAUCGGUCAGUUAUUGAUUCCUUUAGCGGCUGAACAUUUGGGAUCGACUGGAGUGAUAUUGUGCAGAAUUAUACAAGGUUUUGGUCAGAGUUUUUUGUACCCAUCAGGCCAUGUUAUACUGGGUACCUGGGUACCAUUUGAAGAAAGAACAACUUUAGGAAACAUAAUGUGGUCAGGAAUAUAUCUUGGUUCAAUAUUUGGAUCAGUGUCAGCUGGAUACAUUUGCGAAAGUUGGUUAGGUUGGCCGUUUUUGUUUUACCUAAUGGGUUCGCUCGGUCUAGCGUGGUCUGUAUUAUGGACUAUUUUUGGUCAAAGCAGCCCGGAUACGCAUCCCAGAAUAACAAAAGAAGAGAAAAAAUAUAUCCAGGCAUCUUUAAAACAAGAAAGCAACAUUCAAAUACCGGUACCAUGGAAGAAGAUUUUCAAUUUUGUACCGAUGUAUGCUUUGCUGUUGUGGUACUUUAGUAACGUGUGGUGCUAUAACACAAUGAUGGCUGAAAUGCCAACAUAUCUAUCGAAAGUAAUGAAAUAUAGUGUGCAAUCGAGUGGAUUGGUUGCCUCUGUCUCGACAGCAGCCACUUUUGUGUUUGCACUACUUACAGGACCCUUGUCUGACUGGAUCAUCAGAAACAAAUAUCUAUCAACAGUGACGUCACGACGUUUGUUCAACUCAAUAGCAACGUUUGGUCUUGCCGGAUGUCUGAUUUGGCUUGGAUAUCUGGAGCCAUCUAAUCCUCACAUGUCUAUCUUGGUUCUGGGCUUGAUGGGUAUGGUUAGCGCUGGAAUAUUAGCUGGAGGCUCCGUGAGCCAUUUGGACAUUUCCCCAAGAUUUUCUGGAGUUCUCUUUGGACUGUUGAAUGGAACAUCUCAAAUAUUCUCGAUAGCUGGACCGUUAUUAUGCCAAUGGCUGAUUACCGAUCUGACCGAUCCGCUUAAGUGGAGAAUGCUGUUUCUCGGUUCUGCCGGAUUCGCCAUUGUUGGAGGAGUGGUCUAUGUAAUAUUUAUAACAGCUGACCGACAACCCUGGGAUGGACCGGAGACACGUCAAAGCAAAAUUAGGAAAAUUUCGACGGUUAGUCUCACAGGAAUCUAGCAUCGUUAAUAAGACUAGAUUAAAUGUUGUUAAGUUUUGUUAUUUUAUUUAUUGGUCUGUGAUAUUAGUUUUAAUAUAUUAUUAUUUAAUUAAACAU